AUGGAGCAGAGCGGGCCGAGGACUCCACGGUCGCCGCACCAGCUGCACCCGGCCAGGGCGGCCAUCGCGGAUCUUUUCAACGUGUAUCUCGGGGUAUCCUUUCUCAUUUUUCUAUCUCUGGCUGGUUACGAAAUGCUGGCUCCCCGGCCUUCUCUGUCUCGUUUAUGCCCGUCCUGACUGUAACCUUUGUGUCUGUAGAGGAGUUCUCGAUUCAAACAUGAAGAGCUUGGCCGCGAGACGGCGUAAGCAUGCUUCUCCCUGCGCUUGUCGAAAGUUGGCUGCGUGUUCUUUCCAAAAUUGUUUCUCACAGAAGUCGGCGGAUCAAAUGUUUUUUUUUGAUGAAUCGUUGUUUCAUUAAGUGAAAUAUGUUGCCUUCUCGGUCAUUACCGCUCAGGCGCGGGCCGACGGAGCAUCGCUGUUGCUUCCGUUGAUGGUUUAGACGUCACCGUAUUUUCCUAUUUAUUAAUAAAACUCUUUCACGAUCCAUGCCAUGAUUUCGGAUUGUCUAUUUUUGGAAGCAGUCCUAAUUGUGUUUCAAAUUUUAUCGGAAUUUUACAGGAACAAGAUGCAGAAAAGAGUGAUAGCGCUCAAUAAGGAACUCCCCCCUCCGAAUGAACAGUUUAUUGUGGAUUUCGAGCAAGUCCGUGGACAGUUCUUGGUAUGUCUUUGAGAUUCCUUUCAGUGCGACGUUUGAGAAUGAUGGUCUCUAAUGGAUUAUUUUUCUCUAAUGUCCUUCGUGGUUCUUUCGUGCUUUCAUAUAUUUAGGACCAGGAACAGCUUCCCUCUGUGACAGAAUCAGUUAUCUUGUCUUUCAUCAUCCAGUGCAGUGGUCAUGCUCCACAAGCAGAAUUUAUCCUGUUUGCUCUGCGUAGCUUGUGCAGCAUUGGCUGUGUUAAGUGGGAUUCCUUCCUACUCUCCCUUCUGUCAACUGUUUCCUCCACUGAGACAACACUGGGGCCUGUACACCAAGCAAGUAUUGGUGUGUCAUCUGGAACGACGUCAUUGUCAGCAGCUGCUGUCUCAAACACUUCUUCUUUUCUUGUUUCCAACCCAGCCUCUCCUCUAUCGUCAAUUCAUGGUAUCGGAUCUCCUGUACAGUCCAUUACAGAGCAUUCAACAGUCACAAAUCUUUCGCCUGUGAAGACUUCUGACCUUCCUGAUCAGGUUUUUGGAUCUAGAACUAGCCAGUCAUUUAGAGUCAGUUCAGUUGGGUAUUUGCGGCAGUUGUCUUGCAAAAUUAUUUUAGCCGGUUUGGAAACAAACCUGAAGCCAGCUACACACGCAGAGAUUUUCUCUCACAUGCUUAACUGGUUGGUCAACUGGGAUCAAAGGCAUCAGGAUGUUGAGGAAUCUGAUGCUGCAAAAGUUUGCAAGGUUGUGAGUCCUCUAAAUGAGUGGCUACACAUUUGUCUGGAUGUGAUCUGGAAACUGGUUGAAGAGGAUAGAUGCCGAGUUCCAUUUUAUGAGUUGCUUCGCAGUGGCUUGAAAUUCAUGGACAACAUACCUGAGGAUCCGGGCUUAUAUUCCAUCAUGCUAGAGAUUCAUAGGAGAAGGGAUAUGAUAGCCACACAUAUGCGGAUGUUGGAUCAACACCUUCAUUGCCCGACAUUUGGAACUCAUCGGUUGGUGUCCCAUGCCUAUCCAAGCAUAGCAGGUGAACCAAUUGCCAAUUUGCGCUAUUCGCCGAUUACAUAUCCAAGUGCACUGGGAGAACCGCUCCAUGGAGAGGUGAGGAGAACUCUUUGUGUUUUUAAAUGAUGACAUCAUCACCUGGUCUAUGCCUGAAUUACUGAAAUAAAGACUAGUCUGAACAUUUUGAAACUGUGAUUCUAUUGACUUUUCUCUUGCUUUCAAAAUAAUGAAGAAGACAAGCAAUAGUUAAAAUUUAAUAUUUUAUGUGCAUCCAUAGGUUCUAUGUGGAACCUUGCUUCUUUCUUGCGUCCAUAGUCAAAAUAAUGUUUAUUUAGAAGGCUAAAAAAAAAGAAAAACUGAUUCCAUUUCUUGGUUUCUUUUUUUAUAUGUUUUUUAUAAAAUAGCCCCACAGUUUCUUUCCUAAAUUGAUUGUUUUGGUCUAUCUCGGAACCUUUUGCUUCUAUGUGGGGAGGACUUAUUAGACCAGUACUUCGUUGAAGCCUAAUUUCAUGAGAGAUUUGUCAGGUGUUUCAGCAUAGACUUGAAAUUCAGUGGCACAUCUAUCAAAUGAUGGAAUCGUGGAUCAGUCAGAAUUGAUGAGGAAUUAAUAAACAAGAUUGAAAAUUUUUGUGGGCUAUCCAAUAUGUUACUCUUUGAUUAUUUGGAACGAAUGAGACAAAUAGAUCUAUAGACAGCGGACUAUUCAGCAUUUGAAAUUAGGGUUAUCAUUUCUAUUUAUAAGUGAGACAGUGGGCUUCAUGUUUUUAAAAUAAGAAUUUUAUUUCUAGAUUUCAUUGGGGGUUUUACUUUGACUGAAAAUAUUAUAUAGAUUAAUGCCAUCCAACUCCAAAAAAUAUAUUGAGCAGAUGUCUAAGUCCACUAAUUAUCUGUGACAAAAGGGUUGGAAUAACAUAAAAAUAAGAAUAUUGAGGCUGGUAAUAUAAUUUGUCGGUUUCUCUCUUUCUUAUCUUUCUGGUAAUUAUAUAAAAUGUGAUGGCGAAACUCUCUAUACGAUAAACCUAUAUUUCUCUGUCGGGUCCUUGAUGUUGCUUUGAAUGUAAAAAACGCUGUUACGGGAUUAGUCUUUUCUUUCCCGAUGCCCUUGGGAUCUCCCUAACUUCUCGAAAGGAUAAAGUUGGCACGUUUUUCAUACAUUAUGUUUCUUGAAGGAAAAAAAUGCAUCUGGUCACUUGGAUGCUAGUUUAUUGGAUCUACAUAAUAGAAAUAUGGUCUAUGAGUUUGCUUUUUUUCUGUGAUGGAAUGAUCAAUAUAUGAUUGGCAAAACCCUGGGUUGAUAAUAAUAGAUCCUGUUCGUCAGAACUAUUAAUCAAAAGACUCUGAUGGGGAUAUGGAGUAUGAUUAGAUUCAUAAUCAUCUCCUAGAACUGUCAGAUGAUGGAAAGGUUGGAUGCUUCAAACAAACAGACCAUAUUUCUUUUACGUAAAUACAGGGCUGCUGAAAUUUCUGUAGCAAAUGGAACUUUCGAGGGACAUCAAAUUUUGAUCAUCUUGCUAAAUGUGCAGUAUAUAUAUUCUCCCUUGAACAAAAAAUGGGUAGGCCGUUCAUUUUGAAAUGAGAAGAAAGCGGACAGAGUAGGUCUCUUUUUGGUGAACUCUGUGGCAGGCCAAGAUUAUGCCACAGUAGGUUCCGAAUAUAUUAGUUUCCUCUGUAUACGGACGGAUAGAAAUAACUGUAUUGCUUUCCCAUUUGGCCUAGUUGUAGCUUCACCAUUGUUAAUUCCAUGGCGACCUGCCUGGUUAAUUUGGACGUAAUUUUUGUUUUGUGGGAAGAAGUAGACAUGCUACGAAAUCAAGUAUAUGAUAAAUUUAGGAAAGAGCAUCCAUAGAUUUAGUUUUAGUCGUUAAUGAUGGAACGUUUUUUCUGUGUUGCAUUUUUGUCAUUUUUUGCUGUUUUUUUAUUGCUCCAUCUCUAACAUGCUUAAAUUAUAUUACUUCUUAUUUUUGAAAGUUUUAUUUCUGUCAACAUUUGUCUACCAUAGGAUCUUGCAAAUUCUAUACAAAAAGGAAGCAUAGAUUGGGAAAGGGCUUUGCGUUGUUUAAAGCAUGGUCUUCGAUCUACACCAUCACCUGACUGGUGGAGGCGUGUGCUUCUUGUUGCUCCUUGUUAUAGAAAUGCUCAGCAAACAUCAACUCCUGGUGCAGUAUUCUCAUCAGAAAUGGUUUCUGAGGCCAUCAUUGAUAGAACCAUGGAGCUGCUGAACUUAACGAAUUCUGGUAAUAAAUCUGCAUCCGUGUUGGCUUCAACUUGUGUUAUUUUUUUUUUCACUGUGAAGUUAGAUACCUUGCACUGUGGUACCUAUCUUCUUUAUGUGCAUCUGUAUACGAGUUGGUAUUGAUCCCUAUGGAACUCAACUAUCACUUAUGUCCACCAAUGAUGGAUUGUCCAUCUUUAUAUCCAUAGUGGACAGAGAGUCACUUUCUUCUUUGAAAUGUUUUAGCUAGGUCAACGAUCGCUUGAUGUUGAUUUUAGCUAGUCAAUCUCGCUGACAAUGCCAAUAUGCCUUGCUCAACUUUUUUCAAGCUAUAUCUUUGUGCUUUACUUUUAGCUUCAAUGAAAUCAUUCCAUGUAUUGGACGCUUGCCUUUCAACUGUUGGCCUGCUGAUCACACAUCUGGGAUCAUUUUUCUAGCGAGAAAUGUUUUGCUGUCAGUCUUGUAUUUGUUGGGAGUAUUAAAUUUUAUUGAUGAGAUGACUUGCGAUAUCGGAUUAUAAAUAUGGUUUUAAUCAUGGUCUCGUUUCUUGCUUCUGUUGUGGCACCUUUCAAUAUAGUUCUGCGGCAUAUCUUUUCUUGUCCGUUUUUAUCUCGGUUAUUUCUUUGCAAGGUUCUUGAAAUGACGAAGUAGUUUAUUAUUUUUUUCUCCUGAAUAACAAAAAUUUAUGUUCUAAUACAAGGAAGUUUAUUAUGAUAGUGAUGCCAGUGGGCCUUGAUAAGCCAAUAUUUGUUUGUUUCUUUAGGCAUGCAAUGAGCAAUUGGUUUUUUCUGUUUUGUGGCUGUAAUAUUGUGUGCCGAUUACAUUAUGAAAGCCACUUCCAGAAUACAUUUUUCUGCUUAUUGACCAAUUAUUCUCCUUUACAUGGAGAGUUUUACCUCUAGGGCAUGUAUUUUAUUAUCUGACGUCCUUACCUCUUACUUUUUUGGCUAUCUGUAAUUGGUAUUUUUUUCCCUAAAAUUUUGCAGAGACACAUUACUGGCAGGAGUGGCUUUCAUUUGCUGAUGUUUUCUUUUUUCUAAUGAAAAGUGGAUGCAUUGAUUUUCUUGAUUUUGUGAACAAGCUUGCUGCUCGAGUCUCAGAUGAUGAUCAACAGAUUGUUCGGAGCAACCAUGUGACUUGGUUGCUUGCUCAGAUUAUUCGAAUUGAGUUAGUGAUGAGCACCUUGAGUUCAGAUCCAAAGAAGGUUGGAUUCAAUACAAAUUUGUACCAUAGCUAUUUGUCUGUUAUCAUAUCUCUACAAACCUUUUCUGUUUCUAAACGUGAUACCAUUGCCUCUUCAGUUUGAGAGUUAAUUCUUGUUGUUUAUUUCGUUAUUUGAUUUUGCAUUUAUGAUGAAGAUUUUGAACAUUUCUUUGCUAACUUUUAGGUGGAGACGUUCAGAAAAAUCAUUUCAUUUCAUAGAGAAGAUAGAAACACCGAUCCUAACAACAUUAAUCCCCAGAGUAUUCUAUUGGACUUCAUUAGCAGUAGCCAAACUUUGCGUAUAUGGUCAUUUAACAUGUCCAUAAGGGAACAUUUGAAUACCGAUCAACUUCAGAAAGGAAAACAGAUUGAUGAUUGGUGGAAGCAGGUGACAAAAGGUACUCCAAUUUCGUGGCUAGUGAUUAUGUUCCAAUUGCGUAUAUGGAAUCAUGAAUUGCUUAGCUUGUGUUGAAUUUUGCAAUGUAGUAUGCAGAGUUUUAGCCAGAGUAUUUUAUGUCAUGUUGAUAUUUAUUGUCACUCUCAAGAACUCUAUUACUCUCGGAUUACGCAGUGUGAGGGGUGGGUAAUGUUGCUCAAUUCCUGAUAAUUCUUCAGAAUUAUUCUUUUUAUUUCUGUGCGUUUUAUUAUACAUUUUCAAUCCACAAUAGCCAGCAUUGUAUUUUGAGAGGGAACACCAUUGCACGCCCUAUUUACCUGAAGAUGUGUUGCGACCGAUUCAAUGUACAUUUUAUAUGGUUCAGUAUCCAAAGGCUUGUGUGCUAUUGGCCACCUUACCAGCUGUAUUUUACUUAUAACUUCUGAACUUAGUUCCUUGAUCGGUAUAUGGGUUCAUUCUAUAUGGGGCUAUUGUUGCUGUUUUGGUAGCCAAAAAAAGUCGAAAAUGGUUCCUAUAUUUAACUUUCUAUCAAUGCUGGAUUUUGCCUUGUCCUCAAAAAUCGUUGGCUUGCUAAGACUCUUGCCUUGAAACAUUGAUGUCUCCACGUUCAGCUGGGUAGAGAUGGUACAGGAUAGGUUGCAGGUGAUUUUUUCUCAAUGGGAUUUACCCUUAGCUGGCAUGGCUUCUAAGUAUGCUUCUAUAUUCAUCGUUAUACCAUUGGUGUUUGUAAAUUACUAGUUUAUUUUGUUUAUUAUGUAUCUUUGAAAUCAAUUUUUCUUUCUCAGGUGAGCGUGUUGACUUCAUGAAUUUAGAUGACAGAUCGAUGGGAAUGUUUUGGGUUCUCUCAUUUACCAUGGCUCAGCCUGCUUGUGAUGCGGUGGUUAAUUGGUUGACCUCUCUUGGCGUUGUUGAGUUGCCGCAAGGGCCUAAUGUGCAAUCUGGAGAGAAGAUGAUGAUGAUGCGCGAAACAUGUCCUCUUCCAAUGCUAUUACUUUCUGGUUUAUCGUUAAAUUUAUGUUUGAAACUGGCGUUUCAACUCGAGGAGACUAUAUUUCUCGGUCAGGUACUUUUUACUCUCAGUUUUCAGGAAUUAGUGCACCAGGUAUGCUGGAUACUCAUAUGGUGCCUCUUGACACUAGAUCAAUUUAAUGGUAAAGCUGAGAAUUGAGGGUUACAACACAGUUAUUUCUGAAAUUUUGAUUAGAUUACAUUUGCCUCUUCCAAUUUGAUUGAUCCCAAUGACUGUGAAUUGUGAACCUGGUGGUGAUACCUUUUUAACCAUAUGGUAUUGCUGGCGUUGGAAUAUUCUAAUGCUUUUAAGUGUUCCUUUGACAGUGAAACUAAUUUUAAAAUCCUGACAAAAAAAAUUUGCCAGCUCCACCAUUCUUUUAAGGUUAACUGACACAAUCUCUUACAUGUCUCCAAGGCACAAAAAACGAGUUGGACUUGAUUGAAGAUUUGAAACAUAGACUGACUUGGUCUGGCACAAAUUUAAUCUAUGACCGAAACUCUUUUAACAAAUUAUAAAUUCAAUUACGAUAUUUUCACUGUGGGACUUGGCUGAUUGUAACAUGUUAUUAAAACUUGAAUCUUGAAAAACUGAUACAAGUCAAAUGAGGCGAACCUAAUCAGACCUAAUCAACAAACCCUUGUCCGAAGGUUAUUUUACAGAAAUAAAAUUUGUAUUAAUUGGUAUAAUAGCAGUAGUUAUUAUCUCAUUGAUUCGUAUUGUCAUAAUCUUGCUGGUUAUCAGAGCAUAUCUACUAGUAUUUUGGUUGUGGUUCAAAUAAUUUUUAUCACUCACAUGAUUUGCAGGUUAUUCCUAGCAUUGCUAUGGUUGAAACGUAUGUCAGAUUGCUUUUGAUCGCUCCUCACUCAUUAUUUCGUCCUCAUUUCACGGUAAUUACUGAUUGCUUAAUCCAAUCUGCAUAUUUUACGUGCUGAUGUUCUGAUCCGAUAUAUGAAAUUGUCCAAAAGCAUAAGCAUAAAUAUGUUUUCUUUCUAUAUUUUUCUAUCAUUUAUCUAUAUGCAUGUAUAAAUAAACAGCACGGUCAAGAUUCUGUCGUUUUUGGAGCAGUUGCCAACUAUCACUUCUCAGAAGAAUUACUUUGUUUGUUAGAAACAUGAAUGCGGAUGCUACAUAGUUUCAUGGGAAGAAAACGUUCCUGGUUUGGCCAGCGAUAAUAUUCGGUAGUUUAUAUCUUUUUUAACUCAAGAGGAUGUCUCUUUAAACUUUAAUCUUAAUGGCGUUUCACAAAUGCCGUGAAUACAACUAGUUGGUAAGCAUUUCCUUGAUCAAAUAUCGUUAAUCGCUGUGGCUAGGUAAACCAUUUUAAGAUUAAAAGAGUAUCCAGGCUAAUUCACUUUAAAUAGGAGUCACAUGCAAGCUUGAGAUUUCAGGAGUCCAUGCCUUCUCUUUAAUACGAUUUUGGAAUCAGAGAACAGAGUUCAGUGGAGUCAAUAAAAAAUUUAGCUAGGCAUAGGAGAUCAUUUGGAUUGUGUCAGGUUAUCAACCUAUUGAUUGGCCUUAUAGGUUUAUUGGAAUUACAUUCUGUCUUUGUCAUAGUGAGCAUUAAAAAUUUUAUAAUUCAUAAUUUUCCCCUGGUUUCCAAUAUUUUUAUUGCUUCGUCAAUGUUUAAAUUAAUACUGUCGAAGAGACCUCCCCUUCUUUAUUGGGUAUUCAUGCCAAAUACCCAGAAACCAAGAUCUUGUUCAUUUUUCUUUGCUUUUCGUCCUUAUAUUUUUUCCUGAUUUAAAUACACCUGGGGUUUUGUGACAUGUCGUCACAAUCGAUUUCAAUGGGACAAAGCCUUAACAUUUGGUCCAUAUGUUGAGCGACAUUCCUUUCUUCUUUAUUGUUUGAAGAUUUUCGUUCAUGAAAAUGUUGGGUUCAUUUCAUGUCGUGUAAAUGUUCUCCUAAAGUCUGAUGCAUUGGUCAUGGAUUCUUAUAUGGCUAUACGUCAUAUUAAAAUGGAUUGAGAUACAUUCCUUUCUUCUUUAUUGUUUGAAAAAUUUCGCUCUUGAAAAUGUUGGGUACGUGCCAUGUAAAUGUUCUCCUAAAGUCAUGUAAACGUUGGAAAUUUUACAUGCCAUGUAAAUGUUCUCCUAAAGUCUGAUGCAUUGCUCAUGGAUUCUUUUAUGGCUAAACAUCACGUUAGAAUGGCUUGUCCUCUUCACUUUUAAUCUGGUCUUCUAAGAAAUUAUGGGUUGAAGCAAUUCUCAUUCUUUUCUAUGUUAUUAAUUGAAUGCGUCUCGCGUGAUUGAGGACAAGUUAUUUCUCUCCUUUGUCCGGGGGCUGCCCUUUUAACUCUUCAUCAUUUCUUUUUAUGACGUGUUUACUUUCUUCAUUGGCUUUAUCAUGAUUUCCUAAACAUGAUAUCCGAGUUGAUAAAAGGAUAUUUUUUAGGUUAUUGUCCCACAGUUGUUCCUAGUGCCUAUUCACUGUCAAACGUAAGAUGUCUCAAUUGAUAAAUAUAAUACAGGAUUAUCAGAGAAAGGCUUCGCUUUUACCUACGGUACAGACUAUCACGAAACUUGUUCCCGUGGUGAAAUGUAGAUAAUGUUUUCUUGAAUAUGAUUUAUAAGAAGUUUAUAUCUAGUGUUAUCACGAGAACAUUAUACAGCCUAAAGAAAUCCCUUAAGACUUGGUUUAAAAGUUCAAACCAGUUGUGACUCACUUUGGGUGUAAACAAAGUAAUGCUGUCACACCUUGUUUGUGAAGUGGGAAAUCACCGUUUUAAUUGUCUACGUGCAUGACAUGGUGAUUAUAUAUCAUAAUACUGAGAAUAUUAAUUUAUUAAUUGCCAAGCUGGGCUAUGAAAUUUGAAAUAAAAGAUUUUGGCUGGCUCCGGUACUUCUUGGUUGCAAGGUUGCCAGGUUCGAGAGUGGUAUUUAUAUUUAUUUGAGAAAAUAUACUCUUGACUCUUUGAAAUAAUCAUGAAAUAUGGAGCGUAAAGUUGUUCUAACUGCUAUUGAGUUUAACAGUGAUUUGAGUGGACGAAAGCGGGAGCUUUUACCAAGGCUGAUGAGGGGAGGUGUCAGCAUCUUGAGGGAAAGUUAUUAUAUUUAGUUUUUACUGGACGAAGGUCUCCAGGUUAAGGGAUGUGCUAAUGCUAACUAGGUGUGAUCUCAUGACUAAAUGUAGCAUGAUUCUGGACCCAUUUAAGAGCCAAUCUUCUAACUUGGACAAGCAGAAAGAAGAUUGUGUAUCCGAAGUCAAAUGCUGAAAUAUAACACGUGUUGAUGACUCAUGAUUUCAUAGAGCUUCUUUAGUUGAAAGUUUUUCUAUAAAGAUUUGGGCAUAAAUGCUGAACUCCCAUUGAAGUUGCUAACAGCAUCUCCGAUAUGGUUGUGCAACGUCCUCAUACUAAUCAUAUUGAAUUUGAUUUCCAUUUCAUCAGGGUUAAGCAAAAGAUGGACGAGCUUUCUCUCUUUUAUUCAUUUUAAAAACCUUAUUAGAUGUCUUCAUUAAUAUACGAUUCAAGCAUCAGUUGACCUUAAUAUUGAGCAAGUUAAUUGUGAAGAACACCUUGGUUAGCUCGAGGCAAACCAUUGGAAUGAUCAGCCCAUAGAUUAUUGUGUAUACCUAAUACUUCUGAUCCAAUUUUUUCGGAUUAUACUUAUGGAUUCUGUAUAUUGUAGGGGUAUAGUUGUCUUUUAGAUUUUCAUCUGAUAUUAAUGUCCUAGAUGGAAAUUGUGAAAUAUUAAGCCACAACUCUUUCCUUUUUCUUGUUCGAAGAUUUAUCAAUUGUUAAAUGAAUGUAAUCUUAUAGUUCUGAUUAUAAUUAUAAACAUUAUCAAUAUAGAUUAUAAUGUAACCUUUUGUACUUUGAAUUAUUCAAAGAUGACAUUAGUAGUAAACUUCUAUUUCAUGAAUGGCAAAUGAUUCGAAUUUUGGGUUCACCUCAUCAAAGUACAUCAGAUGAAGUCUAUCCAAAGUCUGUGCAAUAAUGUCCAUUUGAGAAUGGGCGUAGAAAAAAUCCAAGUUGGAGAUUGAAUGAGGUUCAUUGAAGUGUCCUAGGAUUGAAACUCAUUUGAAAAUAGUAGUAGCCUUCUGGGGUCAUCAGCUGUCUAACAGUUCCCUGUUACCAGGGUUCCCUCCAUUUACCUCUUUUUCUGGUUUCGAAUAUCUUUGUUCACGUCUGCUUUUCAUUCUGGUAAUGGUUCCCUUACCCUUUUGGCUAAAGGCAACAAUAGCGGAGGCUUUGUUUGGAGCCGCUUCUCAAUUUUAUUUUUUUUGUGAAAGAUCACUAGAGGUCUGACUUAGGCUAGCCUAUAUUCAUAUUUCAUGUGCGUUAACAUUGUCUACUGUUCUGCAAAAGUUAAGUGAUUCAAUGGUGGAUCAAUAUUGACUGUCCUUUGCACAUUACCAUUGGAGCCAGUUCUGGCUGCCGGAGAACAAGCACAUCUGUCCAUCACAGAAGAAGGGGGACAUUAUGAAGUUUUUCUGAAGUGGUGGCAGUAACUCAUUGAAUAAAAAUAUAUUUUUACUGGGAAGAUAAGUUCAUGAUCUACCUGAAUCGUCUAUUGCUUGAGGACAUUGUUGCUUUAGCACAUGUUUCAUCUUAAUGACAGUGAAAAUGAAUCCUCACGUGCUUUAUCAUCUUUUACCUUUCUUGUUUCGAUUUUCUUCAAAGGUUGCACGGGAAAAAAAUAAUUUAGCGAUCACUUGUUUUUAUUUCCGGAAUUUGUCUUUUCCCUUUAAUGCAGUUGUUAUUAUGUCAUAUUUUGCAGACUUUGACGCAGAGAUUCCCUACCAUAUUGACCAAGACAGGUGUAACUUUAUUGCUGUUGGAAAUAUUGAACUACCGUUUACUUCCUUUGUACAGGUUUAUCAUGCUUUUGCACUCUUGUUGAAUCUUUACAGUAUUAGUUAGCCGUUUUGAUGAAGUAAUAGAAUUAGGAUGUACAGUAACCUUCUUUGCUUGAAUUAUUCUCAGUUCUGUUUUUGGAUGACAAUAGAUUACCUGGUGCUUGUGCUUUUUGCACUUUAUCUUGUAUUAAACUUCUUCUGAGGUGAUGUUGUGAUGGUAACCACUGUUGUUGUGGAACAUGACAUCCAUAUUUUUAUAUGAUCAGUGGACAAGUAAAGCUUCAGCACUGAGGCUUGUAUUGAAGAACUCCACUACGAUGUUUAUCUCAAGUAUGUUGGUUUAAGUAAUGGAGAAAACAUGACCAUAUGAAGAAUUGGUCUUCAUGUCUGAGAAACAUGUUUAUCAUGCUCCACUCCUAUGAAUGAUUGAGCAAUUUUAAGCCUGGCCUGAGACUAAGUCUUUGAUCAGAAGAAAGAGGAGAAGGAAGUAUUAUGAAAGAAAAAAGGAAGAUGAAAAUGAGCAAAAAUGUAGAACAACCUUUAUUUUGUGAAGGUGUUAAACACCUCAGUUCAUAUUGGUAAUUAAUUGUUAAUCACAGCCACAUUCAGAAACAAAAUGGGUAAGUUUUCCUUAUUACUGAGGUACUGAGAUUCAUUGUAGACCACAUUGAGCUAGUGACAUCAUUAUGGUCUUGGAUCCUUGACCUAUGCGUCCUUCUAGGAUAUAAUGGCAGGGUCUUGAGAAUAGACAUGAGAAUCAGACCAAAUCUAGUAAGCACUGGCUGAUCAUUUUUUUGGGUGGGGAGGAAUCCAAUCAUGUCCUGGUUAUGUCAAAAAUAUCAUUUAGUCGGUCCAAAUCAGCCUUGUUUAUGGGCUGAAGUGACGAGAAACUAGUUAAUUCUGGAGAUAUUGAUGAGUUUUCUACCCAGUAUGGCACUAUCUGACCUGAAUCAGCCAGUUUUUGAAAACAAUGCUGCUAUGUGAGGAAGAAUAUUGAAGCAUCGCUAGCCAAGAAAGGGUGGAGGAAGAAGAAAGAGAACCCAUUCAAUUCGUUGUUAUUCAUGGCAGGUUGCCACCAACUACUAUAUCUCUGGGCCUCAUGCCGCUAUCUUUGAUUGACAGCACGUGACCAUUUUACAGUCUAUUUAGAAGAAGACCAAUUUUAAUAUUUGUUGCAUUUAUUACGUUUUUCAAUAAUCGUCGUUAGAUAUUUUUGAAGAAUGCCACUGUUGCCUUCUUUUCGUUUUUCUUCUUGAAUUUUCUUUUGCUUCAGGUUGGGCUAUUUGAUUGAUCCGAUCUCCUCUUGGGUUGGAUUGGACUAGGCCAAUUCUGCUGUUAAAGACAGCUGAUGUUUGACUGGAUUUUGAAUUUCUUAGCACUUUCUCAGUGAGGAAGACAUGAAUAAUGAAAUAAUAAAAUUCUAAUUUGGUUUUUAUCUCAAUCUUCUGUGAGGGCAUCCACUUUUUCUAUUUAGCAUUGAUAUGAUGUGGUACUAUUUAGCCUACCUCGCUUCUUCUUCUCCCAUUGACCAGAUCUACUUAGAACACAUGACCUUGCUGAAAAAUUCUCAAUGCUGACUAAUCUGUCAGAUCGUCAACCUCGUCCCCACAUUAUUCCAGGUCAGUACGCACUAUGCCAAGAAGAGAUUAAUUCCCUGGGUUAUCCAUUCCAAACAACACAAUAUAUACUGGUUUCUGGGCAUUUUUAAGUUUUGAGAGAUGUAUUGACCAGGCUUUAUCGAAUUCAGAUUUAGAUCUGGGGUGCACCGAUCAAGUAACGUGAUCCAAACCUCAUUAAUCUCUGUUUGGGUCACUUGGUGAUGAUGAACUUAAGUACAGGAGAAUGGUGACUUUAAACAUCAAGAGGGGGAGGAGUAGAUUUGAAACUCAAAAUCGUUACUCAUGCAAAGCAUAAGAAUUGACCCUUUAAAGGAUAGUCAUUCAACUACAGGGGAUAAUGCUAAUAAAAAACACAAUCAGAUUGUCGAGAUGCUGAAAUAACCAUUGAUUCUGCUGGAUGUUAAUAUUGCCCGUUUGGUGAUCUCUAUCAGCCAAUCCAUCCAGAGUCAGGCAGUUCCUGGAGGCCUUAGCUUUUAAAUCUGGCUUGAUGUUGGGGGAUUUGUUGAAAAAACAUUAUCAACCUCUACCUCAUUAGAAAAGAAAGGUCAUUAUCUUUUGAUUCGAAUCUAGAUUUCAAUAGGUUGAUUGAUAGUAGCGAGGAAGAACUCCUCCAGGCAGCGCACUGCGCCCAUGGCAACAGAUGGUCCCUCAUCGCCCACCUCUUUCCUGGCUGCACCGACAAUGCUGUCAAGAACCACUGGUGCGUCAUCUAUGCCAGGCAUUGCCGCUGCCACCAGGAUCCAUCCUCCGUCCAGAACCAGCCUAUUCCUGGAGGAGGAAGCUUUUAAAUCUGGCUUGAUGUUGGGAGAUUUGUUGAAAAAACAUUAUCAACCUCUACCUCAUUAGAAAAGAAGAUCAUUCUAUGUUGAUUCCAAUCUGGAUUUCAAUAGACUGAUUGAUAGUAGCACUUUUAGUGGGAAAACUGGAUGAUAUGGAUUUGGAGAGUAUCUAUGCUUCUUGUUUUGAAUCAAAGUCGCUGAUGAUAUCACUCUAUUCCUGUCUUUUACGCUGUUAUCUAAGAGUACCACCGAUAAAUAAGUUUUCACUGGAAAUGAUAAACUCUGCACUCGGACAUCGUCCCGUGAUGCAAGCACUUCUGGUCUGUCCCUGUAUUAGCCACAGCCUAUUUGUCUUAGUUUGCUUGGAAUCCUAUAAACCUCUCUUGCAAUAAGAUCAGCCUUUUUAUCAUAGUAUUCAGGGAGAUUCAUAUCAUUGGCAUAUGUAGUUUUAUGAGCCUCAGAUUAUCUAAUCCCAUUCUAGAUAUAUCUGAGGAUUUCAAAAUCUGAACAACGAAAAGCUAAGAAUGUUCUCCUUGCUCGAGCCCAAGGUGAGUAUAUCAGCAAAAAAUUUACUGGUGGGUACAGAUUCGUAUCCAUAAAUAUCUACUUGGUGCAUGAAUAUUAUCGUGUGGAAUCACAAUGGUUUUUUGAUGAUGAGGCUAAUAACUUUUAUUUAGAUCCCUUAGUGGAUAAAUCACAAAAGUACAGUUCAUGUUUACCGGCAUCUGACUGCAUUGACUAACCAUUUAUAAUGGGUGCUGUCUCAACUUUUUACCGUCAGGACUUGCUGUUAUGCGUCAUCGGCCAUUUGGUUCCUGUUACUGAGUGCUCCAAGUUGAGCUUUAAUAUGAUUGCUGAUGUUUAAAUAGUAGGUUUCAGCAAAUAGCAUAUCUGUAUGCAAGACUAUCACGCUUUAAAUAUUUAAAAAAUAGCACAUGCUUUCAAUAGCAUCUCUCUUAAGAUACCAUGAACAUUUUGGAUUGGGACUUUUGUUGGGGCCCGUGCUAUAAGUUUUCUGAUCAUCAGUAGAGAUAUUGAUGCUCAGUUCCGCUAACAUAGAUAAUCCAACUGCAGAUCAAUGAUCGAUAUGAUGCCAUUGAAAUUUUUUAGCAUUUUUUAUUUUGUUGAUAUUUAAAAUUUUUCCUUAUUGAUCAAACGACACACGUUUCUUCUGCAUUUUUGUAGGUUUCAUGGGAAAAGCAAAGCAUUGAUGUAUGAUGUGACUAAGAUAACCUCUGUAAUCAAAGGAAAACGUGGUGAUCAUCGUGUUUUCAGAUUAGCUGAGAAUUUGUGUAUGAACCUGAUUCUUUCCAUUCGGGACUUCUUUCUUGUGAAGAAGGAAUUGAAGGUUGGCAUGGUCUUUGCUAGAAGUCAAACACAUAAUUCAGACAUUUGUAGCCUUAUUUCUUACUAUUUUUUGUUUUUGAUUUUUCUAUCAGGGUCCCACCGAGUUUACUGAAACACUUAAUAGGAUAACAAUAAUUAGUUUGGCUAUUACCAUCAAAACCCGUGGAAUUGCCGAAGUAGAUCAAAUGCUCUACCUACAACCCUUGCUAGAGCAGAUAAUGACAACAUGUCAGCAUACAUGGUCAGACAAAACAAUGCGACAUUUCCCUCCGCUUAUUCGCGAUUUUUUAAUGGGCAGGAUGAAUAAAAGGCUUCAAGCAAUACAGGCAUGGCAACAGGUAGGUUUCAUUAUUUGGUCCUUUUGUUUCUCGCGAACAGCUCUUGUUUUUUUCUGUUGUCCAGUGAAACACAGGCUCUGCGGUAAAAAAUGUGUUGGUGGGACACCAUGUAAGCGAAUUUAAAUGUUCUCUUCUGAAUGCUUAAUUGUCCAAGUAUUUUUUUGAAAAAAAUGACAUUUAUUUGUUUUGUCACCAUUAUUGUUCAAGAUCUGUCUAGGGACAGUAAAUGCGUACAUCAGUGGAUUUUUUAUAAUGGGCAGAAAUGUCGAAAAUAGGUAUUGUAGUGUUUGGGCAUAAUAAUUCAGGUUUUUAGUCUGCUCUACGUUUUGGUACUUUGGUUCACCCUUCCCUGACCUGUUACAGUAGUGAAAAAAAUAAAAUAAAAUUUGGAGAAAUAUUUCAUUUUUUUAGUAUUUUUUGGGUGAAAAUUGAUUCCCAUGGUUUCACAUGCACGAAACUUCAAAGAGCAAACAUGCUCAUUUAUUCACAGAUGUAUCAUGGAGAACUGUCUCUAAGAAUAUGGUUACCUUCAAUUGAAUAGUGUAGGGAUUAUUUGUUAGAAGUCUAAUUAUUUUUCAUUAAAAAUUCAUAUGGAUCCAAACCACAGUGAUGAAGUGGCUCUAUGAGUGAGAAGUUGCCAUUGAUUACGCGAACAACAGAUCUGUCUUAUAAGAUCCAUUCGAUGCACAAAAUUCAUUUGAACUAUGAUGUAUACUGCGAGACGAGAAAUGAGAAGCACUAAAUCAUUGACGCCUCUAAUGUGGAAUUGAAAUCUAUUUGUGGAGACAUCCUUCUGUCACAUUAACAUAUUUGAUAGUGAGCAUGACCUAAAAUUUUGUAGUAUCUUCCAGCUGUUUAUGUGUGAAGUUGUAGUAUCUGCCAAUUGAUGAAUACUUGUUUAUGUGCCAAGCGGAAGGUCUUGAAAUAGUUAAGAUUAAUAAUCUGAUAACUUCUGAGGUUCACUUGUCCGUGUUUAAACUGUGUAUAGAGUUUUUCUCUAAAGGAAAAGCACAAGUCAAAUAAAAUGCUUGCAGAUAAAAGUACUAUCACAUCUCUCUUGUUGUUAUAGUAAAUGUGUAACGAAGGCCACGGUUAAGAAUGUUUCUCGUCUAGAUGAAGUUGCUGUUCGUCACCAGCUAUAUUGAAUUGCCUGUCACGCAUUAGAGAUUUCUCUUUGUCUUCAGUGUGAACUCAAGGCCAAGUCAUUUAUAGACUACAAUAUAAAUGUGCAUAAGGUCACUCAGGCCCAGCACAAAGAUGCUGUUCAACGCCUUGAAGAUUAAUUUGCGUAUGAAUUUCUUUUUUAGUUGAAUAACCCUUCCUUAAAGGGUGAAUCUAAUAUUUCUUCAGGUCGUUCUAUAAGUUUCAAUUUCCGCUUUUCCUUUAGGUUUCCUUUUAGAACAGGCCUCUUUUAUUUAUAGAGAGGUCUGAUCCUAUUCUAUUUGGUUUUUGUGAGAAUUAUACGAAGAGUAGAGAGGUCAUCUCCUCUUCUUAUUGUACGUAGGCCGACCCUUCUUCAGGACUUCUGUUUGCCAUUACACUACUUCCCUACCGGCAGUGUCUUUAACUCAUUAUCCUGAUAGCUGUGAUGGAGUUCAUCCUUGUCCUUCUCCAGGUUCCUGUUAUUCAAAAUAAUGUUUGGCAAACCAUCUUGAGAAGCAUGUUCCCCUAAGAUGAAACACUGCCAUAACUGUAUGACAGAAUAGGAUGUUGAUUAUAUAUUCUAGAUUUGAGCUCGGCAUGAAGUAAUAGUGAAAAACUUGCUUGGAUGGCCUUGAUGACUUUUAAGGUCAAAUUUGCAGAUUAAUGAAGCUGUACUUUAUUCAUUUGGCUUCUUAUGCUUUCCUGACCCAACUGCAGUAAGUCACUUCACUCUAUCUGAACCUAAUAUUUUCUUGCUGCAGGCAGAAACAACAGUUAUUAAUCAAUGUAAACAGUUGCUUUCACCGACAGCUGAUCCCACAUACGUCAUGACAUACAUCAAUCAUAGUUUUCCUCAGCACCGUCAAUACCUUUGUGCUGGUGCCUGGAUGCUGAUGAGCGGUCAUCCUGAGAGUAUUAACAAUACAAAUCUUGUAUGGCAAUAUUGUUUUAUCUUCUUUGUCUCUUAUGUCUUGGUCAGUAGAAAAUAUCUUUUCAUGUUGCGUGGCAUAUCAUCCUAGAAUUUCAUUAUGAUGCCUAUUUUAUGUAGGGACGUGUCCUACGAGAAUUUUCUCCAGAAGAGGUUACAUCAAACAUUUAUACUAUGGUAGAUGUUCUUCUUCACAAUAUACAGGUUGAGCUGCAGCACGGACUUCCUAUACAGGUAUUGGUGCUUUAUCAGUAGUAAUUCUAUUCAAAGUUUUAUGAGAAUUGUGUCAGAUUUCUGUUCUAUAUAGUUCGUUUUCUACAUAAAAUAUCCCCUGCCUUUUGGAGCAUCGUCCUUACUGUCAGUAUCAUUUUCAGCAUUCCUUCUGGAUUGAUUAUGGAAUUGUUGCCAUCCUGACAAAGAGGAAAAUAAGACUAGUGAUCUGACCAUGAAUUGGAAAAAACAUUUGAUUGAUUCAAGAGUGAGGGUGGGAUACAACCCAGUGAAAGAAAGGGGGGUACGCGCUUGAGAUCUGGGUCAAUGAAAUAGUUGGCCAUAUGUAUUCUCAUGGCAAUUUACAGCUCACAACACGGAAAAUCGGCCUUGGUGAGGGUCAGAUUUGGUCGAAUGAGCUUGAGGAUAUUAUUUCAAAGCAUGCAUGGUUUUCUGUAGUCAGAUAUACAUCCUUAAUAGCCGGGUGCUCUGCAUGUUCUCUUCUUGCCUUGAGCAUAUUUUUAGAAGAAAUUAUAAACAUGCGGCUGGUAAGGCUUACAAGAGUGGAAGGGUGCUAAUGAGAUGGUUCCUGCCAUUGAUUUCUUAUCUUGUCUUAUAUCUUAUAUCUAUCUGUGGGAAAAAGCGUAUAAUUAAUAGUUAGUUAUUGGCCAGUUACCUAUGUCGGUUUGGUUGUUGGUCCUAUAAAUCCUAGGAUUCAACCUAGGUAAUUUUCCUUUUUUGAGGUCAGGGUAAUUGUAUAUAACCAGCAAUCUUUCUAUGAAUUGAUAUGACAGAAAAUUUUCCCCGCUGUUUAUUCUUGUUUGGUUUGUGCCACUACCCACUGAACUGUCUGUUGUACUCCUCCUUGUAAGGGGGGUCCACAAGUUUUCAUCUCUUCUUUUUUAUAAGACCAUAUUUUUGACCUCACCAUUCAUAGAGUCGAAGAUCAGAAGACAUGAUGAGAUUGUUCUCUCAAACCUACUUUUCGUUCUUAUGUUUUGUCAUCUCUCGAGUUAAGAGUUUCUCAUCAAUAUAGUCAUCCUUCUAGCUCCAAGUGAUGCUCAUCCUAAUUGCUGCGCCUUAUUAAAUUUCAUACGAUUAUUCCUGGUUGAGAAAAUUUGUGAGCACAUACCUGGGAUGAUUGGCUGGGCCGCUGGUCCUUUGAUUGAUUAGGAGGAUAUAGCACUGGUAGAUUCCAUUCAUGGAUAAGGCUGGCAGCAACCACACAAGUAAGCAAAGCCCCCAAUGAGGAGCUGAAUAUCAAGUUGAAGCUCCUGCUGUUGUUUCCAUCUCGUCGAGACAAGCAAGCACUUCAAAAAGUAGAGUAACGGAGCACAGAUGCAGGCCACCUUUUUUAGCACUAUAGAAUGAGAAGAAAUAACUGCAGCUCUACCAAAAAGAAAUGCAGAUCUUGGAACCGUGCUCUGUACCUAACAGGAGUAUAAGCAGGGGAUGCUUGGGGCCAAGUUAAAAACCUAGCACGCACCGGAGAAGAAAGAAACAAGAGGUUAGACAAGAGAGGCCUGCAGUUGAGAUGAAGCACUCGUUGAGGGUUUUCGGGAACUACAAAGUAGAUGCUGUUGGAGAGAUUUCUUUCGCAAACUCUGGUUGAAAGAUUCAAGAGUCGUAUACGCAUGUACAAAUGUUAAUCCCCCCCCGGAUAUUAAUAUUUAUUCCUGGGUGUGUACACGUAUGUGUCCACACAUAUAUAAAUUUAUAAAUAAAUUAUUAAAGCACACUGGCGUGGAUAUAUAAAUUAAUAAAAAUAAUACUAACAGCACGUUGGCGUACGUAUGAAAAAUAUAUAACUAUAUUUUAUAAUUCCAUGUGCCUGCACCCGCAUUUUCCUGAGCUGAUCCUGGACAACCAUCCCUUAUAAGUCAUGAAGAAAUGGAAUGGAAACAGAACUAAAAUGGUUUGUCUUCUUGAUUUACGUGUUGGGCAGUUUUGGGUGCUGAUGUUUAAUGAUGGAAAGGAAUAAUGAAAAUGUCAAGUAAUUUAUUUCAUUCAGAUUUUUUUUUCUUCUUACAACCAGCGAGCCUGCUGGCUGUUUUGCAGAAUUUCAUCUUGUCUCAGUUUUUUCAUUUUCAGAUAAAAUUAUGUCUAAGAAAUCCUGUUCGCAUCGUUUUGUCCUCUGUUUCUUCCUCUGGUGACUCUUUUCUCUUGUGGCUCUGAGUUCUAGAAGAAACUCCCCUAUUCAAAGGUAUUGUUUGGUGCUUUUUUGCUUUCUUCUGUUUUCUUUUUGUCAUGAAAGCCACUGACGAACAUGAUUUACAAUGCCCUCAGUGAAUGCCCACUGUGUGUAACUUCUUCUAGUGUGGAAUUAAUGCUUUUAGCAAUGAGUGCCACGGCCUAUUGCUGACCUAAGUGGAAUUAAUGCUUUUAGCAAUCAGUAACGGCCUAAUUUUGGAUGUCCCAUUGAUGGCAAUAUUAGUGAUUUUUUUCAUCAGCGGCCCUAUGCACUUCUGUGAAGGUAAAUGGUUUGUUCUUGUAUUGGACAGAAAUUCUCGCAUUCCCAACUAUUAUAAAGAGGGAGUUGGGGCCACAUUGGAUGCUCUUUGAACUGUGAAAUUAUUUGUCAAACAGUUCUUGGCAACCAGUAGCUCGCCGAGGGACUUGGACAACUUGUUGCGGCCUUGGAAGUGGCAUAGUUAGACAGAUGAAAGUUUGAAGGUUUUUGAAAGGAUUAAUGGCAUACAGAGCACCCUUUGAACAGUGCCCUCAAAUAUACAAGGUAGCAAAAUAGAGGACCUUACAACAAAAAAAGGGGACUUUUGGGCAGAAGAGUAUUCACUGAUCUUGAAAUUAAACCAUACUCCUAUUCAUGCUAUCCGUUAGUUCACUUUUUACGUUUAGCUUGAGUAAGAUAACGUACGAAUAUGCAGAUGAACUGCAAAUAAUAUUUUUUUACAUUGACAUAUAAUGUUACAUUUUAUGAUGAAAGGUAGUGUGUAUGGUGGUACAAUGCCACCUGGUUGACUUCUGCCCCCAUUAAGAUCAGCACCUUCAUGUCAAAAAGAGAUCAUAAAGCACUCACAUUUUAUGAUGCAAGUGACUGCGCCAAUUACUUGAAUCCAGCGAGAGCAUUAUGACGACGAUAAUCUGUGCCAAACAGUGAUUCGAUCUUUAAUAGCAUAAUAUUUUAUAGUUGUUCGUAGCUUGGAGUGAAAAUACAAAUAUUCAGGAGCCAAAGUGGAGUGCUGGUCAUCAUUGCUAGCAGAAAUGUUUUGACCAAUCUGGAUGGAGCAGUUAAUGAAUAAUUCUGAGAUGCAGACUAUCGCCAGGGAAGCCUACUGUUAAGAAAAGUUGGCUUGCUGCUGACCUGGGGACCAUGUGUAACUAAAGCAAGAUUCAGAAAAUGAUUGGAGUGCGGUCUUUCUCCUUAUAUCUUUCUCUUUUAAUGUUAUUUCUUUUAAUCUGGUACAUUACUGGGUAGCGAUUGCUGAUUCGCGGGUUCUUUUUUUUUUAAGUGGUACGAGGAUUUUUUGUUGGUAUUAAUUUAAUACCAUACUUCAUUUACUUAUUUUCUUUGCAAAUGGUUGAUUGCUUGCAACCUUCAAAGAAUUUUUUCUAUUUUAAUGCUACUGCAAUCUCCUUCUUUCAGGAUCUUCUCGCAAAAGCUAGUGCGAAUAUUGCCUCUUUGAUUUGGACACACGAGCUUCUCCCUCUGGAUAUUCUUCUUCUUGCACUUAUUGAUCGUGAUGAUGAUCUCUAUGCCUUACGGAUCGUGGUAAUUCAUGUGUUGCUUUGUCUCUUAUCUAAUAGUGGGCUUUUUUGACCAGGUGCUUAUUGAAUACUAGAAUUCUUUGUAAGAAUUGAGGAUGUGAUCAUAAUUUAAAACUGCAUAAAUCAAAUGUUGUCUUAUGGUUAGAUAUAUCUAUCUAUAUAUAUAUAUAUAUAUAUAUAUAUAUAUAUAUAUAUAUAUAUAGAUAUAAACAAUGUAGCCACUAUCCCAUCAAACUGUAAGAUACUAAACAUUGUCUGUUAGAUAAUUGGACAGUCAAACUCAAAAUCAAUCAGCUGUCCGUGGUGUAGGUCCUUUAUUAUUACCACAAGAUUUUUAUCCCUCCGCUGAACAGAGGCUAUUAUACCACGCAAAAUGAUAAGACCAUCUUACUAGAAACCUGUUGGGUUUUAUUUGUAUGCGGCAUGCUUUUUACAACUAAAUUUAAGUACUUGGAGUCGAUAUGGUCAAUUCAAACAUCAAGAAACAAUUUUUUACCUAAAUUAAUUGCAUUAAAGAAUUUAAAUCACAUGGAUGUCACCAAGAUCAUUCAAUCGAAAAGUGAUCUUGACAAUGGACUACUUCUCGAGAAUUGAGAAGUUACCAAGAUCAUCAAAUGUACACCCCCAGAAGCAAGAUCUUAGGUACACCUGCAUGUAAUAUGGCAGUUGUUACCUUGACAAUGGACUACUUCCUUCCAUGUGGAAGCUACGAAGGUAAGUUCUUGCUUCUAUCAAAUGGGAACUUUCAUAAGGUUCACAAGGAGUAAUUUCAGCAAAUUGAAACUUAUUAUUCUCUAUGCUUCUGAACUUUCAUUAGGUAAAGAAUAGGAGAGGUAGUUUGCAAGCUCCUUCAACUAACCCCGCUGAUUUCCUGCUAAUAAUUUCUUCAAUGCUGUUUGACUAAGAAAGUCUCUUGCAAGGGACGAAGUUUAAUGAUUCAUUGAGGUGCUCUGUAUCUUUUCUCUUCUGUAAAUAUAAAUGACUCUCUUCCAUGUCUGAAAUUUUUCUUUCAAGGCUUCCUGUUAUGAAAUGAAUUAAAAAUCCGUAGUGUUUCGUGUGAGGAAAUCAUUUUGUUUAGAGUCGCUCCUUCAGAAAUUCAUUUGGUGUCACUAUUGAAAUCGCUUAAUACCUGGGCUGAGAGAUUUAGGAAUUUAGAUGUGCGAAUAGUAUACCUCUCACUUAAGUAUUCAGUCAUUGACAAAGAAAAUUAAUUUCCUAACUUUAUUCGAGUAUUUGGUUGAAAUUUUGUUGAUUCUUAUGAAUUGGCCAUGGUUUCAGACUUCCAGGGUCAUGAUGUGCGCGGGGAUUUGGUAAAAGGGAUCAAGCUGGUCGAUAAGUACUGAAUUGGAUCGACUUGGGCACAUUUUGUGCCCAAGUCGUUCAGCUGAUUCAUAUGAAUUGUUGCGGCUCCUGCUCCAACAAUUCAAAUUGUCAGUUCAUUGAGAAAAAAACUCUAAAAAGACAUGCUUCAAGGAUAAUAUUAUCUGAAUAAACAUUCUUAUCAAAAAGGAGAAAAAUUAAAUACUUUCCAACAACGACUUAGAAAAAGUUUUUAACAUUGUGACCCGCUCUUCCUUAACAUGAUGCCCAUCUGAUCCAUUCUACAGUGAAGACGUACCAGCUAAUGUAAAUGAAAAUUAUGACGAACAGCAAAGGUAGAUGCUGUGGCUGAAGUCUGAGGUAGGGGAAGAGGAGAGCAGAAGGGGAAAGGAAUUGACAGAUAUUUGGAGAGACAAUGUCAGUGCUUGGGGUUUUGGGCUAGAUUUUAAUUCUUCCCUUGUUCCUCUUUUUAUCUGAUCCCUCUGUUUUGUUAUCUUCAUCCAUAGUUCCACUUCCUGCAGUAUGAAUUAAGGAGUCUUUACAAGUCCUGGCCUACUUAGUUUUUUGAAUUACAAAGCUGGACCUUCAGGCCAAAUUUGUUAGGCUUGGACUGAAUGAUGGUGUGCCAUUAUCAUCAUAGCUAAUAAUAUGCUUGUUGCUACAUAUAAUUCCAAGUCUUCUUUAAGGUUAAGUUAUUCUCCCUUUACUGUUGAUGGUAGUGAUAAUUUGUCCUUUGAAGGAUAUCAUAAUUUAUUUGUGUGUCGAUCUUUUUGAUAAAUGAUUCAGAUAUUUGUAAGUGGAGUUUUUCUUAUCCUUUACAUGAUAAGCGUGCAAUUAUCCACAGUUAAACUUGUUGCUUGAGAGGCAAGAGCUGCAACAGCGGGUUAAGAUAUUUUUCGGAAAUCGUACAUCACCUGACCAUUGGCUGAACACUGGAGUUUACAAGCAAGUUGACUUACAGAAAGCUCUUGGCAACCAUCUUUCUUGGAAGGAUAGGUAAGUCCUUUGCAAACUCCCUGUCCAUCUGCCUUCAUAGGAAAAUCCCAAGUGAUAUGGUUAUGCAAAAUGCAGCACUUAUGUGAGGAUGGAAAUUUCUGAUUCAACGUGCGCUGUCUUUCAACAAUGUUAAAUUUUCUCACUAUUCUAUAAGCCUCAUCUCAACGUCCUCUCUGUCGAAUUAAAAAUGAAAGUCGCAUAAAUUAAUGUUUCAUGGCAAGAUCCAUAGUUCUCCAACAAAAAACCAACCAGGACAUUAAUGUAGUGCUUUCUGACAGAUAAUCCUUCUGAGCGGGACUGGUUUGAUCAUGUUUCAUUACGGUCUAUAAUCCUCCUCACCUAUUCAUUGUUGUUGAGUCUAUACGUUACUUGCUAUGUCAUGUAUCUAUAAUUUUUAUUGAUGAACAGUGGACUGACAAGUAGAUGCCCAAAUUUUCUGUGGUUCUUGUCUUUUGCAGGUAUCCCCCAUUCUUUGAUGACAUGGCAGCACGUCUACUCCCAGUUAUUCCAUUAAUCAUUUACAGACUUAUCGAAAAUGAUGCGGCUGAUGCUGCUGACAGAGUUCUUUAUGUAUACUCGACAUUUCUAGCGUAUCAUCCACUUAGAUUCACAUUUGUUCGGGAUAUCCUUGCGUAUUUCUAUGGUCAUCUUUCUGGAAAGCUCAUUGUCCGUAUAUUGAAAGUCCUUGAUGUCAGUAAGGUAUGAUAUUCUCUUUUGAGUAAGAUGCAUUUUCCUUGCCAGAGAAGACAAUAUUGGUUGGAUACUGUCGAUGUUAUUCGCGCUUUUGAAAAAUUAGUUGAGUAGACAAAUGGGACAAUUAUGCCGCAUGUCUUUUAUCUACUUAUCCUCCUUUGUUGUCCUGGUUUAUAAUUCUUGUUCGUCUCAGAUUCCUUUUUCAGAGUCGUUUCCUCAGUACAUCGGUUCAGUAGGCUCCGCAUUGUGCCCGCCACAGGAGUAUUUUUCGAAUCUUCUGUUAGGUAUUGUCAAUAAUGUGAUUCCUGCUUUAAAUAGCAAGUCCAAGGCUGGGGUAAUUGGAGAAAAUCCGCGUCCAGUGCCUCACAGAACUCAAACAUCUCAGUCUGGACCAUCUGCCAUAUCUGAUGGACAUAGAGCCUUCUACCAGAAUCAGGAUCCUGGCACAUAUAGCCAACUUUUCCUGGAAACGGCAGUAAUUGAGAUACUAUCACUUCCAGCUACAGCUUCUCAGGUGGUAUCGUCUCUUGUUCAAAUAAUUGUGCAUAUCCAGCCGAUGUUGAUUCAAUCCAACAGUGGAUUGCAAGGAUCUUCCAGUGGGCCCGGUCAAAGCUCUGUCCUACCAACAUCCCCCUCGGGUGGGAGCACUGACUCCUUGAGCACUAGUCGAUCUACUCCGUCAUCUGCAUCAACUGCUUCCAACUUCAUUUCCAAAAGUGGAUACUCAUGCCAACAGCUAGCAUGUUUGUUUAUCCAAGCAUGCGGCUUGUUGUUAGCCCAGCUUCCACUUGAUUUUCACACGCAGUUCUACUCUGAAGCAUCACGCAUAAUAAAAGAUUGUUGGUGGCUGACUGAUGGGAAACGAUCACAAAGGGAACAGGAGUCUGCUAUUGGUUAUGCCCUACUGGAUCCAUCGUGGGCUGCUCAAGAUGGCACCUCAACAGCCAUUGGUAUGGCAAACUAUUCGAUUAUCUCGUUAUUUUCAAAAUGUGCAUGCCUUAUUAGUUCUGUAUGAUUUUUUCAAUGUGGGAAAAAUCACUUUAUUUUAAAUUUCUGUAAUCACCUAUUCAAUUGUAUGCCAAGUCCUCCCCAGAAAAUCAUUUUCUAUAUUAAAUGGAAUUUUAAAAAAAAACCAAAAUUUAUGUUCCAAAUUGUUGGUUUUUUAAGUUCAUUUUUUCCACUAUCUGUGCUGCGCUGUAAUAAGAAUAUUCGUCAUUUUUUAUUGGGCACAAACUAAAAAAGGAUCCAGACCUCAUGGCAAAAUGUUGUUGUCCAAUACAAGUUCUUGCAUAAUUUAAGCACAUAUAUAAAUGUUAAUAUAAAAGUGCCUGUGGACAAGCUUAGGAAAUCUGAGCUUGUUAGUCUUGCACCAAUGAGACCUGACUCUUCGACCCCAGUCCAAAUUAUCAAAAAACCAUAGGGAUAUAAAUUAACUGUUUAUGGAAAGUUACAAAUCUUACAUAGUUUUUCUAUGCUUCUGAUGAAUGUUUGCUGUAAACUACCCCCGGACUUGAAGAACUUUCGGGUAAAGCUAUGCUUUCUUUUCCGUGAGUUGCAUAGCCUCAGAAUCUCCUGUUGCCUCUUCAAUUGGAUAAUAGGGCCCUAGAUUCUUAUUGAAGGUUUUUAGAGGGAGAUGCCACGAAAAACAUGCUGAAGGUAAAUCUCCUUGUAUGUCAUUGGACUUCUAUCAAUAUGAAACCACUGAAGAGUUCUAAUUUUAUGUUGAGAAUUGAUCUUGAUUGAGAUUCUUGCAACUUGGAGAAUGAAAGGAGCUGAUCUUCACGAUCCUCCUCUUCCAGGAAGAUGAAUCACUCACCACUUCUUGGAGCAGAGUUUCCACAAUCCCAGAAUCUCACAUCAAUUAUCUUGGUUUCCCGCUUAAGUACAGGUUACAUGAGUUAAUGGGCCAGGCCCAUUACAUUAGUCUUUAAGUGGAUCAGUUAACAGUCCAAUGGAUCCACUUAACAUAGGGAAUGACAGAGGACGACGAAAAUACAGUGAAAAGAAACAGAUAGAAAGGAAAAACAAUCCUAGAGAGUUCAACAAUUAUCAGCCCAUUUUACCUCUCUUUGUUCGAGCAAUCUAAUGAACUGGUACCUUCAGAGAGUAAUCUGUGGGGAUAUAUGACGGAAAAAGAAAUCUAGUCUGUCUUAAUCCUUCAAAUCGGUUGCCAAUGAGAUUUUUUUUUUUUUUUUUUUUUGACUUUGCUAUGAAUUUUCAUUAAAAGCCAUGACCUCGUAUAUAUAUAGCUCAAUCUAUGGGCAGCUUAGUGUUGUUAGAGGUAUAUGCAACUUUAUUUAUUGCAAAAAAUAAAUUCCCUCGCUCUUCAAGCUACUCCAAGCUGAAAACUAUCUCCUUCUUUUCACAGGGAAUAUAGUUGCCCUCCUGCAUUCCUUGUUUAGCAAUCUCCCUCACGAAUGGCUGGAAACGACUCACACGGUGAUCAAGCACCUUCGUCCAAUUUCUUCCACCGCAAUGCUAAGAAUAGUAUUCCGCAUACUGGGCCCAGUACUCCCUCGUCUGAGCUUUGCGCGCCCUGUAUUCCUAAAGGUAUUCUGCAUAUCGCAUUUACUUUUUCUGUCGGAUCUUCCGACUUUGACUAAAAAUAACUUGUCAAGCCUUUGCGUUUAUUGAUUUAUAUGUGCUUGCGUGUGUAUGAAUGUAUGCAUCAGAGGGUCUUCUUCGGGGAAAAAAUCAGUUUUUCUUGUUUUGGAUAAUUAACUUUGUCUAGCAUGUUCCUUUCUCUUAAUCUGUGACUACUUUUACCGUUCUUUUCUUUUAGUAGAUCACUUUCCCUCUAACUCAAAAGUCAACCACGUGUGAUAUUUCAUAAAUCCAACGGAUUGCCAAAUCGGGAUGUAGAUGAUGUUGAUGAUGCUCAGGCUCACAUGAACAAUCUCCAAUCCUUCACAUCUGCAUCAAAUUAAGUUCACCCAUCCCGAUCUGAUCGGCCAUUUUCUCAUUUGUGCUCGCCACUCCUGGCCGAUAAUCUGAGCUCCCCCUCAAGGAAGAGAGAUUCCCAGACGUUGACUUUGUAAAGGGCGGCUGUCGCACUGGUGGGUUAAAGCAUCUCAUGGUCCUUUAGUGAAACUAGGUAGAAAUGGAAAACUGGAGACGCAUCAUUUAGAGAAAAGUGGCGACCUUGGAGUUGGGAAAAAUAUGAUUAAAACCUAUUUUUUAUCGUUGACUUAGCACUACUAUUUAGUUAUUCAUCUCGGUUAGAGAUUCUAGCGUAGAAAAUCGUUUGAGCGCCUCAAAAUCAUCACACUGACGGGCGUUUGCUUCUUGCCAGUCUAUUGCGCUGCUUUUCAACUGCAUGGCGGACGUAUUUGGGAAGACCACACAGCCGCCAACUCCCGUCGAAGCAUCAGAGAUUAAAGACCUCGUUGACUUCCUGUGAGUGACAGGAUCCCUUUUGGGCAACUCUCUCUCUCUCUCUCGCCCACUCGAUCGCUUGCUCGCCAUGGUUCUUCUUGAUUCUCACUCCAUUCAUUAUCCUACCCCAACAGGCAUCAUGCUGUCAUGUAUGAAGGUCAAGGAGGACCUGUGCAAAGCAGCAGCCGACCUAAACCUGAAACGUUGACUCUCUGCGGGAAAGUGAUGGACAUGUUGAGGCCAGAUGUCCAGCAUCUACUCGCCCAUCUGAAGACGGAUCCGAAUUCUUCCAUCUAUGCUGCUACCCACCCAAAACUCGCCCAAAAUCCCACCUGA